AUGAUUAUUGUAGCUAGUAAUUCCAACAACAACAACAAUACCAAGAAAUGCUCUAGCAGUUUCCAUAAGAAAAAGGAAGGAGAAACAAAUGCAAUGAUGGGUAGUAGAAGAAAGAACCAGUCUUGGAAAAAGCAACAAUCUUUUGCUCAACAACAAUAUGUUCAACAACCACAGCUUUCUCAACAUCCAUAUGUAGCAGCUAUUACACCAACUUUCAAGCAACAAGUCCCAGUGUAUCAGUCGACUCAAGCAGUUCCGAUCUUUCAAACAACACCCAACGUUCCAACUUAUCAACAAGCGCCCAACGCUCCAGCUUAUCAACAAAGGACUCCAGCUCUACGACAAAAUGCUCCAUUUCAAAAUAGAAUACAAGGUGGAAAACCUCUGAUUCCUCAGAUCCCUAUGUCUUACACUGAAUUAUAUCCAUCAUUGUUGAAGAAAGGGGAAUUGAUUGAGAAAAAGAUUCUUUCAUUUGGGGAUACUAGUCCGAAUGUCAAAAAUAAUCCUUUGCCCGCUCAUGGGUCUGUAAAUGCUAUUAAUGAUGAGCCUGAUGAAGGUCUGAUGCUUGAUGCAACCAAAAUCAAGACUCCACUCAGAUAUUUUCAUGCAAAGUUAGUGGAGGCAGGUUUAUUGAAGAAUUACCAUAAGAGUUGUGAAGAAUGUAUUAUUGGUCCUAAAGGAUGUGAAAUGGUCCGAAAGGAUAUUCAAGAAUUGAUUAACCAAGGUGUGUUGCAAGUAAGCAAUCGUAUGAAAAAGAAUGAGGUAGAAGUGAUUGAACCCAUCUUCAAUCUACCUGAGUUAAGUACUACAACACCAAUCUUCAACAUUCCAGAUCUAGUAUUCAACAUUCCAGAUUCUACUAUUGUUCAGCCAAUUUUCAACAUUCCAGAAUCAGUUGAACCAAUCUUCAAUAUACCUAAUCCAGUGGUUGUCCAAAGGCCUAUCUCUUUUCCUUUUGAAAAUACUAAAGCAGUUCCUUGGAAGUAUGAUAUGGUUGUGGUUAACCAAAGGUCUGAGAAACUAGGUCAUAAAGAAGGUCUAAAUAUCGCAAGCACUAAUAUAGCAGUGGGAAGUAGAAUGACCCGCAGUGGUCGCAUUUAUACCCCUCGGUUCAACUUGGCUCCGCCAAUUCCACCGAAAGAAACCACCACCACUGUUAACGACAAAGGAAAAUGGGUGAUCACAACUGAUGAAGACGCUGAACUUAUGAGGAUUAUCAAGAAGAGUGAUUACAAGAUUAUUGAUCAGCUGCAUCAAACUCCUUUAAAGAUAUCCAUUUUAUCUCUUCUCAUGAGUUCUCCAGCUCAUAGGAGUGCCUUGCAGAAAUUUGAGGAAAAUCUUAUGGUAAGCCACCUCUCUUCGUUCAGUUACAUUGAGGCUGAUGAGGAUGCUUUGGAAACUUCUUUCUAA